GGAGUAGACCGAAAAGCGGAUGAUGAAGAAAUAAAAAAGGCAUAUAAAAAAAUGGCAUUAAAACACCAUCCUGACAAAAACAAAGACGAAAAUUCCAAAGAAUUAUUCCAAGGUAAAAGAAAAAAACCUACAUAAAUUAUAUAUAUAUUAACAAAAAAUAGAAAUAAAUGCGGCUUAUGAGGUUUUAAAAGACCCUCAAGAAAGGAGUUGGUAUGAUUAACAUCGUGAAUAGAUAUUAAAAGGUACUUUUGGCCAAGAAAUGUCAAAAGAAGAAAUGGAAUAAAACGCCUACGGCUUUAACAUUUGGCCAUAUUUCACCCAUUCCUGUUAUUAAGGCUAUGAUGAUACAUACGAAAAGGGUUUUUACAAAGUAUAUGGUGAUGUAUUCUAGAACAUAUAAAAAGAAGAAAAGAAUGCUUUUGACAUUAAAUAAUAAUAUGAUUCUGAUGAAGAAGAAAAUAAUUUUGAAAAAGAAUACAUACAACCUCCUUAAUUCGGAAACUCGAAAAAUUCGACUGAAGAUGUUAAAAAUUUCUAUAGAUUCUGGAGUUAAUUUUCUACUUAUAAGUCUUUUUCGUGGUGUGAUGCUUAUAAUAUAAAUGAAGGGCAAAACAGAUGGGUAAAAAGACAAAUAGAGAAGGAAAAUAAGAAAGAAAGGGCAUAAGAAAAGAAGAAAUAUGUAAAUACAAUAAAAGAAUUAGUCGAGUUUUGUAAAAGAAGAGAUCCAAGAUGGAAAUUAGUUUUGGAAGAACAAAAAAAGGAGGAAGAAAAGAAAAAAGAAGAACUUAAAUUUAAACAAGAAGAGGAAAAAAAGAAAAAAUAAGAAUAAAAAAUACGAGCAAGGGAAGAAGAAGAAAGAAGAUGGGCUGAAUUAGACUUAAUAAAGUAGAAAAAUAAAGAAAAUGAAGAUGUUUUAGAUGAUAAUGAAGCUUUAUAUGAAGAAUAUUACUGUGAAGCAUGCUCUAAAGGCUUUAAAAGUUAGGCCUAGUUGGCUAAUCAUAAUAAUUCGAAAGGACAUAAGAAAAGAAUCAAGGAAAUUUUAGAAGAAGUAGGGAUGUUAGAUGAAAAAAUAUAGUUUGAAUUGGAAAAUCAUGUCUGUUUAGGAGGAUAAUAAUAAGGAAAUGUGGGAUAGAGUAAAAAGAAAAAGAAAAAUAAAAAGAAAAAUAAUAAUUAGAUCAGUUCUUAAAAUUUAAUUGAAGAAAAUGAAGAUGAUGAUAAAGAAGAAAAAAAUGAAGAUGAAGAAGAAGAAGAUUUGAAAAAAAAUAAAAAAUAAGAAAAAUAAAAAAAAGACGAAGAAAUUGAAAAUAAAAUUAAAAAUAAGACUAAUAAAAAGGAAGAAGAUAAAUAAAAAGAAGAAGGCAUUUAAAAUAAAAAAAAUAAAAAAUAAAAAGAAGAAGAAGAAGAAGAAGAAGAUCUUUUUUAAAAAAAAAGUAAAAAAAAUAAAAAACUCCAAGAAGAUUAGGAAGAGGAAAUUUAAGUAAAGAAAAAAGAAAAAAAGAAAAAACAAGAAGAAGAUUAAGAUUAAGAAAAUUAAGAAAAGAAAAAAUAAAAAAAUAAAAAACAAGAAGAAGAUUAAGAAAAUAAAUAAGAAGAAAAGAAACCUAAAAAAAAUAAAAAACAAGAAGAAGAUUAAGAAUAUGAAUAAGAAGAAAAGAAACCUAAAAAAAAUAAAAAUAAAAAAUAAGAACAAGAUAAUGAAUAAUAAGAAGAAGCAGAGUUUUAAGAAAAGAAAAAACAAAAAAAUAAAAAAUAAGAAGAAGUAGAAGAUUAAGAAAAAGAAGAAUUUUAAGAAAAAAGAAAUAAAAAAAGCAAAAAAAAAGAAGACUAAGAAGAAAAAAAAAAAAAAAAAAAAUUUUAAGAAGAAGAAGAAGAAGAAGAAAUAGUAAUAGAAAAAACUUAAUAAAAGAAAAUAAAAAAAACCAAAAAAUAAUAAGAAGAAGAAUAAUUUUAAGAAUCAGAUAAAGAAUAAUAAAAUAAAGACAAAAAAACAAUUAAUAAGAAGCAAUAAGAAAUAGAAUAUGAAUAAAUUCAAAAAUAAGUUAAAUAAAAAGAUAAAAAAGAUGAAAAAAAUUCUAAAAAACAAUAACGAUAAGAUGAAAAUCCCAAAAAAUAAAAAACAAAAAAAUAUGAAGAUGACGAAGAAAAAUAAGAGGAAAUUAAAAAAAAAGAAAAUAAAAAAUCUACAAAAGACGAAAAAACAUAAAAAUAUGAACAAGAAUAAAACGAAGAAAAAAAAAACAAAAAACCUAAAACAAAAAAACUUGUUGAAGAUAUAGAAGAACCUAUAAAAAAUGAAAAUAAAGAAGUAUAAGAAGACGAAUACUAAACUUAGAUAAAUAAUUAAAAAGAACCUAAAAAAUAAAAAGAAGAAAUAUAAUAAGAUCAAAAAGUAGAAAAUACUUAAAUAAUAAAAAAAAAUGAAUCUGAUAUAGAAGAAAAGAAAAAUGAAUCUAAAUAACAACAAUAAUAUGGAGAUCAAGAAAGUGAAUAUGAAGAAGAAUAAUUAAAACUUUUUGCAUAAAAAAUCAGGCAAUAAAAAGAGGAGAAAAAAGAAGAAUAAGCAUCUAUAAAAAAUCUAACUUAAAAUAAGAACAUUAUUGAUGAUAUAGAUGAUAAAGAAUAUAAUCGUUUAUUGAAGAAUUAAAAAACGAAAUAAAAAAAGAUAUAGAUGAAGAAGAAGAAGAAAUUAAAAAUAAAAAAAAUAAAAGAAAAAAGAGAAAGAAGAAAAAGAAAAAGAAUAAGCUCUUAUUUGUAAUGUAUGUAAAGAAAAAUUUCAAUCGAAAAAUAAAUUAUUUGA